CGGCUGGACGGGCUGGUGAAGAAGGACAAGGUGGUGGUCUUCCUCAAGGGGACGCCGGAGCGGCCCCAGUGCGGCUUCAGCAACGCCGUGGUGCAGAUCCUGCGGCUGCACGGCGUCCGCGACUACGCGGCCUACAACGUGCUGGACGACCCCGAGCUGCGGCAAGGCAUUAAAGAUUACUCCAACUGGCCCACCAUCCCACAAGUGUACCUCAACGGCGAGUUUGUGGGGGGCUGCGACAUUCUUCUGCAGAUGCACCAGAACGGGGACCUGGUGGAAGAGCUGAAAAAGCUGGGGAUCCGCUCUGCCCUCCUUGACGAGAAGGACCAGGACUCCAAGUGAGACACCGCGGGCCUGCGGGGCAGAGACCCACUGCCUUUUGGAAGAGCCUUACCACGCCGCGUGCCACAGCCGCCCGCCCGCCUGCCUGGCCGUUGCCCGCCACAAGCAGGCCAACUUGGCAUGUGCUCUUGGCGUGAGAUUGUCCCGUUGUGACCUUCACGACCCCACGCUGUAACAAUUCAUGUGUGGACACAAUUCUUUCUGGCGUUGUCUUCUUCGUGGCCCGUCUGAAGUGUGUUAGUCACUUGGCAAAGAUGCUGUAGCCUCUCCCCGCCCCCCCCAAUUGUUUUUGUAACUUCUUCUAUGCAGAAAAAUGAUGGACAAAGAAGAGAAUGUGGUAGCUGGGGUGUCCUUUUUAAAAAUAAACUGCCAGCUCAGCGAA